ACUGGAUAUCCUGACGCACAUCAAACGUCCAGGCCAUCAACUUCCGGGAACGUCAGGAGAGAAGGAUUAUGUAACGGACAGGUUCACAGCAGCAGAGAGUAUGAGUCUCCCGAAAGUUCAGUGGCGUCGGAUAGAGACCGGCAAAGAACUGUAUAUGAAAUUCAAGUUCGACCGUGUGCUGGCAUUGUAUUGGUAAUAAUUGGCUUUGUCGUGUUGCUCAUAUGGAUUGCUCUGCCAAGCUCGUCCGAACCACCUGGUAGUUUUUCAUCUCAUCGAGAAGAAACUUUUGAAGUAGUCCGGCGAAUUCUUGAAGAAGUGCCAUUAAUAGACGGGCACAACGACCUGCCGUGGAAUAUCCGUAAGUUCGUACACAAUCAGCUGAUGUAUUUCAACUUCUCUGCGGAUUUAACGACCGUGGAACCGUGGUCGAAGAGUAAUUGGUCGCAAACCGAUUUACCGCGGCUCAGAAAAGGCAUGGUUGGCGCUCAAUUUUGGUCAGCCUAUGUACCCUGUGGCAGACAGCACCUGGAUGGUGUCCAAACUACAAUGGAACAAAUCGACGUCAUUAGGAGGUUGGCUGAAACCUAUUCCAGUGAUUUACAGCUGGUUACAUCGGUGAAAGGAAUACGAGAGGCGCACAAAGCCAGAAAAAUUGCUAGCCUAAUUGGCGUCGAAGGUGGUCAUUCGCUGGGAAAUUCACUAGCAGUGCUCAGGAUUUUCCAUAGCCUCGGAGCCCGAUAUUUAACCCUAACGCAUACUUGCGAUACAUUAUGGGCUGGCUGUUGUUCCGGCUUAGACUCACCAGAGAAUGAACAUCAAGGGUUAUCUCCAUUUGGCUUGCUAGUCCUCAGAGAAUUGAAUCGACUUGGAAUGAUGGUUGACCUUAGUCACACGUCUGUCAAAACAAUGGAAGACGCACUUAACUAUACUUUAGCACCUGUAAUCUUCUCACAUUCUUGUGCAUAUUCAUUGUGCACCUCACUGAGAAAUGUUCCUGAUCACGUGCUCAAACUAGUGGCCUUAAACGACGGUAUAGUUAUGGUGAGCUUCUAUUCCUAUUUUAUAAGCUGUAAUUCUACAUCAACUUUGGAUCAAGUUAUUGCUCACAUUAACCACAUUAAAAACGUAGCUGGGGAAGACCACGUCGGCCUAGGUGCUGGUUACGACGGAAUUAACCACACUACGAAGGGACUUGAAGACGUAUCGCAUUAUCCUCAGCUAUUAACAUCAUUAAUGAGUAACCAUUCGUGGACCGAGGAUCAAAUAAAGAAGCUUGCAGGCAACAAUUUACUGAGAGUCUUUGCCAAAGUUGAGAAGGUCAGGGACGAGUGGAAAGAAGAUGGAAUGAAACCAGUUGAGGACAUUUUGGUGCCGUUGAACAAAGAACCUUUGUUACCCAAUUGCACGGACGGAUAUAACAUGACUUGAUGUUUUUGAAAUAUACAUUUAUUUUAGCAGUAGCACCUACGGUAAAAACGGAACAUUUUCCGUCGGAUAAACGGAAUCCAGAACGCAGUGGUGUCUAUAGAUCCCCAAUCACAUUAUAUAGUUGGGAAUCGUUUAGUUUCAUUUGUACGCAUUUCUACAUCGACACUAAAAAUUAAUAACAACAUAGCUAUUCCCAAACUUGCAUUUUUGUCAAACACGUGGAACCGUUAUUAAAUCAAAACGGUUUACACAAAUGUAAUAAAAUAUAUCUCGGUAGGUAGUUCAUAAAUGAAACGUAUACGUAUUGGCCCGUAUUUUGUAUGAAAUAUAUUAUAUGACUAAUGUUGUAGGCGUCCAGAGACAGUUUUUAAAACCAGCUGUUAAUUUUGAAAGUUCGCGGAAACGUCAACCAAUUUGUCAUCUUAUCUCCUAUGUAUACGUGUUCCUAAGUUAAAAGUUUAUCAAAGAUUAGAGAAAAAUGUCAUUACAAUUUACAACUUACAAAGCCCGUGCACACGCUAUAGACUCGUGAUUACAUUGCCACAAAUCAUAUUAUGUUGAAUAGCAGUAAUUAAUUUAUCGACUAAUUCAACGCUCUGUAGACCAGACAACUUAGUUGAAUUUGUAAAAUAUUUUAUUUAGACUCAAUAAUAUAAAUUACUGUUAUUGAGGCAAUCAUUAACGUUAGCGUUACACCAUGUCAGUACCAUUGUUGAAAUUAAUUUUUUAUUUAAAUAAUUUAUAUGCAUAUAUUAUAUAUUAUUAUGUUAAUUACAAUUAAGUUGUUUUAAAAAGUGUUCAUUAGAGUUUAAAGUAAGUUAAACAAUAUUAAUAAUAAUGAUUUAGAUAAUAUUUCGAGUUUAAUAUUAUAUUAG